AUGCCGUUGAGGGCGCUGACAUGUGGGCCUAAUUCCUUGCGGGCCCACCUGUCAGUUGCCGAAUGCCACCCUCUCCCCCGCACACCACUCACCCACCACACACCACUCCUCCCCCUCUCCUCCUCUCCCCCGCACACCACUCCUCCCCCUCUCCCCCUCUCCCCUCCACCCGAUUGGACCGCCGCCGCCUACGGCGGCCGACCCCGCCGCGACCUCAAGCCGCUCCUCCUCGCCUUCGUCGACGACCACCUGCUCCCGCCGCUCCUCCUCGCCUUCGUCAACGACCACCUGCUCCCGCAGCUCCUAAUCGCCUCGCUCCUCGCCUUCCCCUCCCUUGUCGCGACCGUGAUUCCCACCACCGCCAUCCUCACCCACCACCGCCGCCCCCACCCACCGCCGACCUCGUCUCCGCCAUCCCCCUCCCCUCGCCUUCAUCCCCCAUAUCCACUAGUCUCGAUUCGGCGUGCGUGCGUGCCGGCGCGGGCGUGCCUCGAUUCGAUCCAGCACCUUCCUCCCUCCCUCCCACGACCACGCCUUCCUCCCUCGAGUCAGAGAAGGUCCGGCGGCGGCCAGAUCCGCCACCGCCACAGCGGGUCUUCCGGAUCCACACCGUCAUCGAGCUGGAUUCGCGCCUCGUCGCGCGGCCUCAUCUGCCUCCGCGGCUGCGCCACGGGCUUCUACUACGUCGCCCAGUCUAGCGUUGGUGCACGGGACACGCCUUCUGGCGCACCUCCAUCAGCCACAUCCUCUGCUACACCUCGGAGACGAGCUACGUUGACCUCAUCCCCGAGCCCCAGGAGGUCGAGGACCGCAAGGACCGGGAGAUCGGCAAGAUGGAGGGCAACUUUAGCAUCACCUGCGUCGAUCGACGAGAUGGAGAUUGGCUGCACCACGGUGGCGACGGGCCGACGCUGGUGGACUAGGAGCGCAGGUGGCCGACGCUGGUGGACCGAGAGCCAAGGGCCUGACAUACCUGCACGAGGACUAGACCGGUCCUGUCCGACGAGCCUGACGAGGACGAUGAGACUCUGGUCUCUUGGGGGGAGCUAGACGUAUGAUGUACAGCAAUGGGAAUGGGAGCUGGUGAGGAAUGGAACCUGCUGGGACAACCAGAUCGAGUCCCUUCUCUACAUGUUGGAUUUGCUCCCUUGCAUAGCAGUAAAUGCCUCUGCAAACAUGAUACUAUAUAUUUGCAUGUCAUAGUCAGCAGUUAGCGUGUGACAAUGAAGUGAACCAUCAGCUCUGUUAUAUCUGUAGCUCGGCUCCUCACAUGUUUUUGGUUUGUUCUCAGUCUGAUUGUGGUCUGCCUUUGUGAAUUAAUCCAGUAGAUGCUUGAAAAUGAACAAGUGUUCAUAAUUGUUGUGAAAGAAGCCUGACGCUAAAAAGAUGCACGGGAUCAGUUCUCGCGUUCCCUAGAAGAAUAUUACUCCCUCCAUAGAGAAAUAAAAGAGCGUUUAGAUUACUAAAAUAGUGAUCUAAACACUCUUAUAUUUCUUUACAUAGGGAGUAGACAAGAACAAAUAUUUGUGCCUUUUCUCUAGAAUACUUAUGCUUUGACCUUGCUCAGUAGAAUACCUAAUGUUUAGUAAUGAAAUACUGCAACCAAAUUACAACAUCUACUGAUACUGUCAAAAUAUUCAUGGAGGAAGACAUAUUGUAAUAAAAUUUUCUAUUACAACAUCUACUGAUACUGUCAAAUAUUAGGAUGUGGCUGAAACCAUUGGAUGUCCUUUGUGGACUUGCUAUCAAUACUUGUCUCAUGUUUUGUUUCCUUUCUGGACAUGUUACGGUUCAAGUGUUGCUGCUGUUUAGUACUAAGUGCUUAACUUAACUAAGCUUGAGCUACUAAAACCCACUCUCAAAUUAAUGAAUUUCCUGUUUUGCGAAACUUCAAUGUUGAGCUGCUCUCCUCGCUGAGCCGUGGCCGUCGAUUUUCAUUUCGUCCACCACCACUCCAGCUACCUUCUAGUGUUCCACUGUAUUAAUGCAGAGUAUUUCGGUAGUAUUGCUGUACAAGUUUACUGUAGUAUUUUGAUGAUUGCCUUCAUUCAUGUUUCGACGUGAGCUCUAGGUCGAAGUUGGAAGAAGCAAGGAUUCAGGAUCUAGGCAUGCAUGCAUGCUCUCUUAUCCCUGCUUCUGCUCCUUAGGAGAUGUGAAUUUCUGGGACUUUUGAUGUACUCCCAGCAUUUAUCUUUUUUUCUCUUUGUUGUUUUGCUAGAACUAUAAAUCCUGAUGCAUGAUGAUCAUGGUUUGUUUUUGUAGAUCUGUUACGAUGGCGCUUAAAAUUUUACAUGCCUGGAUUCUAA